AUGGCUACCUUUGAAUCUAUUCAGACCGGAAACAUUCACAUUGAUGAGGGAGAGCGAAACAUCGAGGACCUGAGCCCUCUUGCGAAGGACCGAAUCAACUACAAGCCUCGCUAUCCGGCUUGCUUCGAAAAUCCGGAAAAGGUCAAUGUGGAGUUCUUCGAUCACACCACCUUCAAAGAUAUCGACCGUCCUCUUCUUGAAGGCUACUUCCCCAACUCGAUUCAUUAUCCUAUCAUGAAGUUUGUAGAUGAAGAGGGCCGCACGGAUGCUCUGAACGUUGGUAUUGUGUUCUGUGGUCGUCAGAGUUCUGGAGGCCAUAAUGUGAUUACCGGCGUGUUCGAUUACCUCCACAAAAUGAAUCCCAACAGCAAGCUUUACGGUUUUAUCGGAGGUACGUCGGGUCUGUUCGAAGGAUCUUCCGUGGAGCUGACGGAAGAGAAGCUGAAGCUGUAUCGCAACAUGGGCGGCUACGAUCUUCUGGGUCGUUCUGCCGAUAAAAUUUCGGAGGAAGACUACUCGAAAGUGGUUGCCACUUGCACGAAGCUCAAUCUCCAUGGUCUUGUGCUGAUCGGAGGCGCCUACACGGCCACGGAUGCCACUCUUCUCACCGAGUUCUUCCUGAACAGUGGCGUAACGACUCGCAUUGUGGUGGUUCCUUGCGACUACUCCCGCGAUUUAAAGAACCAUUUCAUCGAAACGACGGUGGGUUUCGACACGUUCUGCCGCACCGUCUCGCAGCUGAUCGGCAACAUCUGCACGGACUCGCGCUCCGCUGCGAAGUACUACCACUUCAUUCGUCUGCUGGGCCGUUCUCCUUCCCACGUGGUGCUUGAAUCCGCCUUGCAGAGCCAUCCGAACUAUGCGGUGAUUUCGGAGGAAGUGGCGGCCAAGCGAAUGACGCUGCUGCAGGUGGUGAACAAGAUCGCGGAUAUGAUUUGCCAGCGCGCUGAGAAGGGAUUGAACUAUGGCGUGGUGCUGAUUCCUGAGGGUUUGAUCAAGGCGAUCUCUGAGUUCUACUAUUUGCUGGACGAGAUUUCGACCUAUGUGAACAAGGGAAUGAAGCACGAGGAGAUCUACGCGAAGCUCACGCCGUGGAGCAAGGCGCUCUUCGAUUUCUUGCCUGCUGUGAUCCAGAAGCAGAUCUUCAAUCCUCCCGAAUCGCGCGGAAGCUUCCAACUCCACGCGAUUUCGACGGAAGUCAUGAUCGGCGAUUUGGUGAAGAAGGAACUGCAGCGUCGUAAGGAAGAGGGAAGCUACAACGGACACUUCGAUUAUCAGACUCACUUCCUCGGCUAUCAGGCUCGAACCUCGUUCCCUUCUCUGUUCGACUGCGACUAUGCGUAUGCUUUGGGACGAGAGGCAGCCGCGCUGAUUCAGAACAAUCUCACCGGAUAUAUGGCGACCUUGCGGAAUCUGAAGGAGGAACCGUCGGAAUGGAUUCCCUAUGCGGUGCCUCUUCUGGCCUUCUGCACCGUGGAAGCGAAGCAGGGAGUGUAUCGUCCCUCGAUCCCUGAAUCGAACGUGGAUAUGAACGAUGCUCCGUUCCUGAAGUUCGUGGCUCAUCGUGACAGCUGGGCUGUGAAGGACGACUACUGCAACCCGGGAUCGGUCCAGUUCGGAGGCGCUGGAAGCUGGAACACGACGCUGUCGCUGCAGAUCGAAAAGCACGACUAUCUGAAGCGAAUCCAGCUGCUUCGUGAUGAACUGAAGGCUGUGGAGAAGAUUUGCCUGCCUGGAUGCGAUGCGUUGUUGGUGGAUUCUGCGAUUGCUGGAGUGGAGGGAGUGAUUGAGCAACUGGAGAUUAUCAAGAAGAAGAUUUAAGCAGUGAAGUGGAUGAAUAAAAGAUCUUUUUAAU